CAACGCUGACGACCACCUCGCUUGCAGGCCCUUCCGAGGAUCCGGCAGGAACUCCGACUCACUGAUAGGGUGGACUACAGCUGUUGCACACAGCACUUUGCUCCCUUGGCACCACAUCCAGGUACAUAUGCUCUAACAUUGGUUUUCCGACAUCAUCGACAUACGCUUCUCAAUUGACAGGGCGGCUUUCGGCUUCUCUGAGUCAUUUAUGAGGACGGGCCUUGAAGACCUGUGGACCCUUGAGAGCCUCCAGUGCGAAAGUAGAGGUCUUAUUGGAUGUGUGCAGUGUGAUUAACCAAAUAUUUACCUUCGCAGCUUGAUCGGCUAUUGUUUUCUUCAUUUUAUACCCCGAUACCCCACCACAUCUUUGACGAUGGAGGGCAAAUACGCUUCAGAUCCCGAGUGGGCUUCCAUCAAGCCCAUCCCCCUCAAUGAUGGAGCCGAGUCCGGAGCAGAGCCCCUGGCCACCAUUGCGUAUGGUGCCGGGUACCUUGAGGCCACAUCAUAUCUACGAGCGGUCAUGGCCGCCAACGAGAUGUCAGAGAGGGCGUUGAAGUUGACUGAAGAUAUCAUUUCGAUGAACCCGGCUCACUACACCGUAUGGAUUUAUCGAGCUAAGAUCUUGUUCACUCUGGAGAAAGACCUGAACGAGGAGCUGGAAUGGUUGAACGGCGUGUCUCUGAAGUAUCUGAAGAACUAUCAAAUAUGGCACCAUCGCCAAGUGCUGAUGUCUCGCAAGGACUUCUUCCCAAGUCCUCCAUCCGAAGAGCCAGACUUUCUCAUGGAGAUGUUCGCUCAAGACUGCAAAAACUACCAUGUCUGGACGUACCGCCACUGGUACGUCCGCCACUUCAAGCUCUGGGACGCUCCGCGAGAGAUCAAGGAUGUGCAAGCCCUGCUUGCCGCGGAUGUCCGCAACAAUUCUGCCUGGAACCACCGCUUCAUGCUCCGUUUCGGACCGCGUGACGACGAGCCAGAUGCCGGAAUGCCCAAUUGCUCGGGGGAGGGCUCGGAGAAGGGCCGCCUGGCUGUCGUUGACGAGGACGUCGUCGAUGCUGAGCUACAGUACGCCCAAUCGAAGAUUGUGCGGGCUCCUGAGAACCGCAGCCCAUGGUCGUAUGCACGAGGCGUGCUGCGUGCCGCGGGUCGACCUCUUUCGGAGUGGAAGGAGUUUGCGGGCAAGUUUGUAAGAGAAUCGGAGGGAGAUGUCGAAGUCAAGAGCAGCCACGCUGUGGAGUGGCUGGCUGAUGUGCUUGCGGAAGAGAAUGCACAGCAGGCAACUCGCAUGCUUACCUUGUUGAAGGAGAAGUAUGACCCGAUCCGAGCGAACUACUGGGAUUAUCGGAUUCGAGCCAUCGCAGGCCAUUAGGUACCUGAUUCGCGUGAAAGCUUUUUUUUUUUUUUUUUAAUUGGCCUACGUUCUGUUAAUAGCGCGGGAUAC